GGACACCGAAACUCAUCCCAUCGUUUUGUAUAAACCACCUCGAUACCCCGCCAUGGCACCGCGCUAUUUGACAGGAGACGCCGCAGGCCUCAAGAGCUUCCUGGACAAGUUCGAUGUCGUCUUUCUCUUCGACUGUGAUGGCGUGCUCUGGUCUGGAGAUUACCUGUUCCCUGGGACGGUCGAGACGCUCGAGCUUUUGAGAGGCAGGGGAAAGCAGGUUGUCUUCGUCACGAAUAACAGCACCAAGUCCCGAGUCGACUAUCAGAAGAAACUGACCGGACUCGGGAUCCCAAGCAAUCCCGAAGAAAUCUUUUGCUCCUCGUACAGCGCUUCGAUCUAUAUUUCCCGCAUCCUGAAGCUCCCCGCAGACAAACGCAAGGUGUUCGUUAUUGGCGAGACGGGAAUCGAACAGGAGCUUCGUUCAGAAAACGUCCCUUUCAUCGGUGGAACGGACCCUGCGUUGCGUCGCGACAUCACCCCGGAAGACUACAAGCGGAUCGCGGCCGGCGACGACCCUUCGGUCAUCGAUCCCGAGGUCGGCGUCGUGCUCGUCGGGCUGGACUUCCACAUCAACUACCUGAAGAUCGCGCUGGCAUACCACUAUGUCAAGCGCGGUGCCAUCUUCCUCGCAACAAACAUUGACAGUACUCUGCCAAGCUCCGGGUCGUUGUUCCCCGGUGCCGGGUCGAUGAGCGCCCCCCUGAUUAUGAUGCUGGGCCAGGACCCCGUUGCCCUGGGGAAGCCCAGUCAGGCCAUGAUGGAUGCCAUCGAGGGGAAAUUCCACUUCGAUCGCAGCCGCGCCUGUAUGGUCGGCGAUCGGCUGAACACGGACAUCCGUUUCGGUAUCGAGGGGAAGCUCGGCGGGACGUUAGCCGUGCUGACGGGCGUGAGCUCCAAGGAAGAGAUACUCACAGGAACGGUUCAGCCUGCAGCGUAUCUUGAUAAGCUCUCGGAUCUUCUCGAAGCUGAAUCAUGAUACGUUACUACUACUACUACUACUACUACUAC